AUGUGUGUCUGUGAUUUGCAGUCAAGCUCACCAGUGGGCAGCCUGAUGGACAGCAUGUCACAGAAGUACCAUCAAAUAAACCAGGCAUUCGAGGAGCUCAGAAUAUUGACUCAGGACACAGAGAAUGACCUCAGAAAACUACAGCACAACCAGGAGUACUUCAUUAUACAGUACCAGGAGAGCCUCAGAAUACAGGCUCAGUUAUCAAGUCUGGCCACGCUGCCUCCAGCAGACCGACAGCUACGAGAGCCCAGCCUGCUUAGCAAGAGAGCCACAGUAGAGGCCUGGCUGACCCGAGAGGCCAACACCCUGCAGAAAUACAGACUGGGAUUGGCAGAGAAACACCAGAAGACACUGGCAUUGCUACGUAAACAGCAGACGGUGAUUCUUGACGAUGAGCUGAUUCAGUGGAAGAGACGUCAACAGCUGGCUGGCAAUGGCGGGCCGCCCGAGGGAGGACUGGACAUACUACAGUCAUGGUGUGAGAAGCUAGCAGAAACCAUUUGGCAGAAUCGUCAACAGAUCCGGAGGGCGGAGCAUCUGAGACAGCAGCUGCCCAUUCCCGGCCCCAUCGAAGAGCUGCUGACCGAACUCAACAGCACCAUCACGGACAUCAUCUCAGCUUUAGUCACCAGUACCUUCAUCAUCGAAAAGCAGCCUCCUCAGGUGCUGAAAACACAAACUAAAUUUGCGGCAACAGUGCGUUUGCUGGUAGGUGGCAAACUGAACGUGCACAUGAACCCACCGCAGGUCAAAGCCACCAUCAUCAGCGAACAACAGGCCAAGGCCCUGCUCAAGAACGAAAACACCAGAAAUGACAGCAGUGGUGAGAUCUUGAAUAACAACUGUGUGAUGGAGUACCACCAGACCACAGGCACUCUCAGUGCACACUUUAGAAACAUGUCUCUGAAGCGGAUCAGGCGUUCAGACCGUCGAGGGGCGGAGUCUGUUACAGAGGAGAAGUUUACCAUUUUGUUUGAAUCACAGUUCAGUGUUGGGGGAAAUGAGCUGGUAUUUCAGGUUAAGACUCUCUCUUUGCCUGUGGUGGUAAUUGUCCAUGGAAGUCAAGACAACAAUGCCACGGCUACCGUUCUGUGGGAUAAUGCAUUUGCUGAACCGGGACGGGUGCCUUUUAUUGUGCCCGACAAGGUGUUGUGGCCGCAGUUGUGUGAGGCUCUGAAUAUGAAGUACAAGGCAGAGGUGCAAUCAAAUCGAGGUCUGUCUGAGGAGAAUCUUGUCUUUCUCGCUCAGAAAGCCUUCAGCAGCUCCAGCGUCAACCCGGAGGACUACCGCAACAUGACCAUUACCUGGUCGCAGUUUAACAGGGUAAAUACGCUACUCGCGCUCAACCACUGUACUGAACUAAAUGACUGUCUUCUGUGUGUAUUUGUGUUCUUCAUAGGAGAAAGGAUGGUGUGGAACCUCAUGCCAUACACAACCAAAGACUUCUCUAUCCGCUCCUUGGCGGAUCGCAUCAGCGACCUGAAUCAUCUCCUGUUCCUCUAUCCUGACCGGCCCAAAGACGAGGUCUUCUCCAAAUACUACACCCCUCCGCUGUCUAAAGCUGUGGACGGAUACGUCAAACCACAGAUCAAACAAGUAGUGCCAGAGUUUACGACACCCAACCCCGACCCUGCAGCAAACCCCACCUACAUGGACCAUGCGGCAUCUCCAGCUGUCAAUCAACCACAUGCUUAUGGACUCUAUCCUCCCAUUGGAGACCCUAUGUUGGACGCUGAUGGCGAUUUCGAUCUGGACGACACCAUGGAUGUAGCGAGGCAUGUAGAGGAACUGCUCCGUCGACCAAUGGAGGGCCAGUGGAGCGGCCAGCAGUCAUGACCUCUUGACCUGUGACUUCUCUCCCUAAACAAUGUUUUU